ACACACUCCCAUACACAAUGUAACGAAAGCUCUUUCAAAGGCCAAAAGCGAAAGAAGAAGAAGCAGCAACACCAGCAGAAGGAGCAGAAGCAGUAGCAGCCACAAGAACUCGAACCGAACACAUUUUUUUUUCUUUAUUCUUCAUCGGAAAAAAAGCGAUACACACGGAAAACCUGGCCACCAUUCAUUCACCGUAUACCGAGGCGAGAAGCAAAGGCCAAUCCGCCAGUACCCGCGCAGUAACCAUAAAAGCGUGGUUCAAAAUUCUUUUUUUUUAACGCCAUAAAAAAAUAUUUAAGUUAAUUAUUUAAUUUUGUUGUUGAAUGAGAACCGCAGGCGUUGGCUUUUAUAUUAUUAUUUUUGUUUGUGUGUGUGACUUUGUGCGUGUGCAACGGUGAAAAAAUAGUACAUCUAUUUGCAUUUUGCAUUCGUGUGUGUGCCAGUGCGUGUGUGUGUGUUUGUGAGCCACGUGAAGGUAAAGGCGCGCCAACAACACCAAUUGACAGCGGGGAAAGAACGGUGGGGACAAGUCAGCGGACAGAGUCCGAAGGGCAGCGGGCGGCCAAAGGUAGAGAAAGUGCGAAAGAGAGAGAGAGAGAGAGGGAGAGAGACAGGACAGUGUUGGGCAGAGCAAAAACUGAAAACGAAACUGAACAGAAAGUGAAAAUUUGCCUAACGUUGAAAAGUGAAACAGAAGGAGAAGGGUGGAAUCCUUCAUUGUAAAACUGUUGAAUAUAGAAUGACGUUGCAGAGAGAAAUUAAUGUGGAAAAUAGCAAAAAAGCAACAGUAGCGGAACCACCAGCACGAUUAACUGUAAGCGUAUCGUCAGCGUCAGCAGCAGCAGCAGCGGGCGAAGAAACAGUAGCAGCAGCAGGAGCAGCGAGAACAACAGAAGAAGCAACAGCAACAUCAAGAAGCUCACCACGCGAGCAGAGAUAAAGCGAAGGAGGCCAGGACAGGACAGAACAGGACAGGAGAGCAGUAGCAGGCGAAAAGAAGCAGAGGGAGAAUUAGUGGGGAAACACUAAAGGGAGAACAAGAGGAUAUAUAUAUGUAUAUAUGAAGAGCUACAGCCAGAACCGGAAGAAGUGAAAGAGAAGCCUACGGAAAUCCCAGAAGAAACAGCGCUGGCAGCAGAAGAUCAGCAGCACAGCCAACGUCAACGUCAGCGUCAGCGUCAAGUGCAACAGCGAGCGAAACACGUCACGAACAAAAACAACAAAAAUUAGCACCUAUCACUGCUUGCUCUUUACCGUUCGAUUGCUGGUGCUGUUGCUGGGUCAAAGCAGUUGUACGCAUCGCAUCUGAUAACUGUUAAACAUUUGGCUAGCGGCGCUGGAAGGGAGGGAAGCAAGAAGAACGAAAUGAAGCCAUCGGAUUUGUUGUUGGUGCUAGAGAAGGUCAAGUUCAGGGUGCCAUUGCCGCCUGGCGUCAGCUCGACGACGCUUCUGCCGAAGCUCAUACGCACCAAGGAUGUGAGGCAGCUGCAGGACGGCAAUGCACAGCCACAGAAGCCCAAGCUGACGAAAUGUCUCAACACUUUGGACCUGACCUCGCUCGGCAUUGGCUCCUGCUGUGGCACUGGCAUGUAUCUGGUCGCCGGCAUGGUGGCCCAGAAGAUAGCCGGACCCGGUGUGAUUAUUAGUUUUAUUAUAGCUGCCAUAGCGAGUAUUUUCUCAGGCGCCUGCUAUGCGGAGUUUGGCGUUCGUGUGCCACACACAUCCGGCUCGGCCUAUAUGUAUUCAUAUGUGGCAGUUGGAGAAUUUGUAGCUUUUAUAAUUGGUUGGAACAUGAUAUUGGAAUAUCUAAUAGGAACAAGUGCCUGUGCCUGUGCUUUAAGUUCUAGCUUCGAUUCCCUGACUGGCAAUGCCAUUGCGCGUACGAUAAGCGAGUCCAUCGGCACGAUAUUCGGCAAACCACCGGACUUUAUAGCCUUUGGCAUAACGCUCCUCAUGACCUGCGUAUUGGCGAUGGGCGCCAGCAAGUCGGUCAUAUUUAACCAUUCCCUGAAUGCCGUCAAUCUGGCCACGUGGGUCUUUGUCAUGGCUGCCGGCCUUUUCUAUGUGGACACGAAGACGUGGUCGGAGCAUCAGGGCUUCCUGCCCUAUGGCUGGAGUGGUGUGUUUUCCGGUGCCGCCACAUGUUUCUAUGCAUUUAUCGGGUUCGACAUAAUUGCAACAACCGGAGAGGAGGCGCAUAAUCCGCAGAAGAGCAUACCGAAGGCAAUAGUGGGCUCCCUGGUUGUGGUUCUGAUUGCCUAUGUCAGCGUCAGCCUAGUCCUUACUCUAGUGGUUCCCUAUGACCACAUCAACACGGGAGCGGCCCUGGUCCAGAUGUGGUCGUAUGUGAAUGCCCCAAAAUGCCGGGCGGUGGUGGCCAUUGGUGCUACGGCUGGCUUGUCCGUGGCAAUGUUCGGCUCAAUGUUUCCGAUGCCGCGCGUCAUUUAUGCCAUGGCCCAGGAUGGACUGAUUUUCAGGCAACUCUCACAGCUGUGGCAGCGCACCAAUGUGCCCGGUCUGGCCACUAUUGGCAGUGGAGUGGCUGCGGCCCUGGUCGCCCUCACCAUUCGCCUGGAGAUUCUCGUUGAGAUGAUGUCCAUCGGCACCCUGCUGGCGUAUACCCUGGUCUCGACCUGUGUCCUGGUGCUGCGCUACCAGCCGCACAGCACCUCGUUGGUGGAGCUGUUGCCGGCACAGCUGCGGACUCCGGUGGCCCCGGGUACGGCCAGCGACUCGCAUGCGACGCCCGCCGAGGUGCUGGAGGUGCCCAAUAAGCUGACCAUCAAGCGGGUGACGCGCGGCAUGUCCGACUCGGAUGACUCGUUCAUCGACGACAGCCCCGAGGGCUAUCUGGGGGGGCGGGACGACCAGUUCCUGGUGUCGGAUCGCUCCGAGAACAAGUUCUAUGGCAGCGUACAUGGGGCACCCACCGGACCCACCGGCCAGGCCACUGCCUUCGACACGAUGGGCCUGAACUUCAUCACGCGGAAGAUCCACGACUAUGCGUACCUGUGCCCCGGCUUCUUUCCCUGGAUAAAUCCCGGCCAGGCCACCACCGAUAGUGGCAUGUAUGUCACGAAACUAGUUGGAAUCAUGUUCGGUCUCAUAUUCUUCUUGGAUUUGUUCGCGGCCAUUGGGUGGUCCGGUGGGCUAGCCGCCUUCAUUUAUUUCGUUUUGUUUAUCGGCAUAUUUGUGAUAUUAUUGAUUAUAUCGAGACAACCGCAGAAUAGAUAUGCACUGGCCUUUCUAACGCCCGGACUACCCUUCAUACCAGCCAUCGCGAUCACCGUAAACAUAUAUCUGAUAUUCAAGUUAAGCAUCCUGACCCUGGUCCGGUUUACCGUCUGGAUGUCCCUCGGCCUUAUCAUGUACUUCUAUUACGGAAUCACGCACAGCAGCAUGGAGCAGGCCAGCGAUGAUCUCGAGUUGCAUGUGGACAAGGACUAUAGCAAAAACGUUGAGGAGAAGGCCGUCUGGGAUCAGCAAUCGUAUAAUCAAACCCACGAGCCUGUCUGGGCCAGCAAGGAGGUGAAGCAGCCAUCGAAGCAACGCUACAACUACGGAAAGUCUUCGUCGUCUGCUCAGAGCAGCUCCAGCUCCAAAAAUGCCCAAGGCAAUGUGGCGACAAAGCCCCUAGGCCCAGGCCGCAGCUCGACGGGCACACGGCCAGUGGCGCCAUCGCCAUCGCCGCACACAGGCGCGGGUCAGGCGAAGGGAUCUGGACCGGGAACGGGAACGGGAAAGGGAGGACCGCCCAUGGAGCGUCAAUAUACCGGGCAGUUUAGCAUGUUUGUGGACGAGGGUCAGUUCCCUUCGUGGGAGGACUAAGCUGCAAAGAGCAAAGCCCAAGCCCAACUGGAAUACAUGCCCCCUCCCUUAUAGUAUCAUUUCCUUUUCCCGAUCUCCCCGAUCCCCCCAAUCCUCUGUUGAUAUCCUUUGAUGUGUAACCAGCCCAGUAAGGCCCAAUCCCAAGCCCCCGGUUCGAAUCGGAUAGUCCUGGCAAACUGGGCCGCUCUUCAAGGCGUCGAUCUGUGAUCGUAGCCGUGUACGCUUGGGUGUCCAGAACGGAUCCAGUCCCAGGUAGAGCUCACUCAACUUGUAUAUACAAUUAGAGAUCUUAAGUUUACCGAAAUAUGUAUACACAUGUUACGGUUAUGCGAGACGAGCGAGCGUUUAGCGCAACCGCCGUUAUACACUUAUACCAUAUACAACAUAUUAUACAUACUCUAUAUAUAUACCUAUAUACGAGUAUAUACAUAUAUAUAUAUGUAUAUAUAUAUACUAGCAUAUACAUACCUAUAUAUAUAUAUACCAAUGCAUAUAUAUACAUACAUAGAUUGGUUAUUAGUCGAACGGCAAAAAGUUACAGUGCAAAGUUAUCAAACAAAAUCCUGUAUUCUGUAUCACACAUCCUACGAGUACAUAUACUACCGAUAUCGAUAGCGCCCUCCCUAUUGUGCUUAGCUUCGAUUGGCGAGCGUUUUGGGUGACGCUGGUCAAUCGGCAUUCAGCACAAGGGACAAAGAGAGCGCAAAACCCUGGACACCCUGGACCCUGGUCCCAGGGGAGAAGAAAGCAAAACUGUUCGCAAAUAAAAAUACAAAAAUAUGAUAAAAACACCUCAGUGGGUAAGUGUGGGGUGUGUGUGAGAGUGCGGGUGUGCACACCUGUACAUUUUAUACACUUAAUAUCAUCGCACGCACACACACACACACACCACACACAUGAAUAGAGUUUAAGCUUAUGGAAAGACCGAUCCUCAGAGCAGAUCAGAUCACGGAAGACUUUUCCUACCCCCAAAUGAUAGGUAUCUUAUCUAACCCAUGACCGAAGCGAUCUCUGCAUAAGCUUACGAUCCACUUAGGAUCCACACACAGACACUGGAACACGCACAACUCACACACACGCACACACGCGCACAAACACACAGACACAAUUCUUAUGUAUUUAUGAUUAUAUUGUUGUUAAAAUAUUUGUGCUAUAUGCUACGAGUACGCUAUGCAUUUUGUAUGACGUUUGACAUUUUUACAUUUGAAAUUUGACAUUUUUGAUGUAUGAAUACCCCCUACAGUACAGUACAGUACUGUACAGUACUCUCUCCCCAUCUCAAUCUAUCGACAAUGUUAUUGUUUCUUGAUUCUAGAGGCUCGCGCUAAGCUAAACCACACAUUUUAAAGCGGCAUUUCGCAUUUGUUGUAAUUCAAUAAUUCAUUUUUCCUAACGAAUACCAAAAAACGAAACCAAAAAAAUAAAUAAAAAAAAAACCAAAGAAAAGUAAAUAAAUAUACAAACAUAUUUAUGAGGAAUACAGUAUAAAAACAAAACAAAACGAAACAAAAAAAAAACCAAAACAUAAAAUGAAGAAUACCAACAAUUUGUACUUAUCGAAAAGAAAACUACUCAAAACCUAUACCAAAAUCAUAAAUACAAAAAUUGAUGUACUAUAAACGAAACGGAGGCGAAAACCAAAAUGACAAAAAGAAAAGAUGACAAAUAUUAUUAAAAAAGCAUACUUUUUUCCACUUUAUAUACUAUGUACCAGCAAAAGCAUACAUAUAUAACUAACUAUUUUUAACUAAAUUUCACAAGCAUAUGGGAAAAUGAAAAAAAAAACAAAAAACGAAAACAAAAUUUUUAGGAAUAUUAAUAUUUCUCGUUACUUGUGUUUUUUAUUCUUUUUGUAUUUCACAACUAUGUACAUACACAAGCCUUAUACACACACACACACACAAACAGGCAGACAGACACACAAAGAAAAAAAAUAUUAUCGAGAAAACUAAAAAAAAGAAAAAGCUAAGAUUUCAGCAGAAUUACUAUACCUAGGGCCCUGAAGGGCCCCCACAAUAGGAGACAGAGCGAAUAUUUUAUACAACAAAAAAUACUUCUAAGAGAUUCAGCUUUGAUUGUAUUUUUUUAUUCUUUUUUUUUUUUGUUGAUUACCCUCUGUCCAUUACAUUUCGAGUGCCAAAGCAAUGCACAUAAUCGUGUAGCACCUCCACAGAUUAGCAAACGAGAACCGAUCCAAUCAGCACACUUUCAAACAUUCUCGUUUUCGAAAAAUGAUCUUUCUGGACCAACUAAUUAAGAUAUAGAGCCACACCACACAAGUGGUCCCGAAGUAAAUAUGAUUUGUACUUACUAUUCGUAUUCAUAUUCGUACUUGUACUCGUAUGAUUUCCAUCAUUCCUAAUUGGUUCGAGAAUUGAGGCAGAAAACGAUUUGUACAUACGCAACUAUUCGUACUCAAGCAAACCAGCAAACAAACAGAUAGACAUGGAAAAUUGAUUACUUAAUACAUACAUAUUGCAUAUACAUACAACAUACAUACAUAGAAUAUAUAUUUUUAUGAAAGUAAACACCAAAACAAGCAAUUAAGGAGAAAUUCAACUCAGAAGCUAAAGGCAAACAAAGGCAAAGCAAAUGCAA